AUGCAUGUUUACUGCGCUGGUGACACUGAUCUAACUCAAAUAAGUGAUAAACACACUAAAAGCAAGAGUCAGAACAUUGAUAAAGUGAUGCAGGCCAAUGGAAGAUAUUUGGUUUUUCCAAGUAUUAAAAUUGGGGAUUUAACAAAAGAAAAACAGGAACUUCAAAGCAUAACAAGUGCAGAAAAUACACUGGUUAGUCUUAAAAUAGAUAGAUGGACAUCAUCGAAUGUUUUUGUGCAACGAUUUCUGAAUCAAGUGAUCAAUAGUCAUCCUCAUUUUGAUGUGGUUUCACAAUUCUUCCGCAGUGCAACAUACAAGGCUUAUACCAAAGCAUUCAAACAAACAGAAGAGAAUGAGGAUGAAUUCAUUAAAAUAGCACCACUGUACAUCAUGGAUGCAAUCAAAGACACUAUUGUUGAAUUAGGGCCAAAAUGCAAAUUAACACCUGAAGAAAGACAAUACAGAUUACAAAAGAAUCUAGAGAAGUAUCCUGAAUACUUGGAUAUUUCAACAAAUAAGUUUCCAAAUAAGGUGGUUACAAUUUAUCACUACAUGGAAUUUGAGAUUAGAAAGGCUAACCUGAAAAGUCCAAUUAUAAAAUGUACGAGUACAGACAAUAAAAUAAUGAUCCAUGACCUAGAAGAAUAUGAGAGGAAUGCUAAGAAAACAACAAAANCACCACUGUACAUCAUGGAUGCAAUCAAAGACACUAUUGUUGAAUUAGGGCCAAAAUGCAAAUUAACACCUGAAGAAAGACAAUACAGAUUACAAAAGAAUCUAGAGAAGUAUCCUGAAUACUUGGAUAUUUCAACAAAUAAGUUUCCAAAUAAGGUGGUUACAAUUUAUCACUACAUGGAAUUUGAGAUUAGAAAGGCUAACCUGAAAAGUCCAAUUAUAAAAUGUACGAGUACAGACAAUAAAAUAAUGAUCCAUGACCUAGAAGAAUAUGAGAGGAAUGCUAAGAAAACAACAAAAAAGAAAGUACCUGAGAAAGCAUAUGAAAUAUCUGAUGAAGAUAAGAAGAUAUUGAUGAGAUACAAGAUAUUAAUGGGUGUAUUCUUGACUAGUACAGUAAUACUCAUGCUACUGAUUGGUGGAAUUGCAGUAUUGAAGAAACGAAAGAGUAAGAAAAAGAAAGGAAUGAAAAUACUGUUGGUUGAUGCAGCUGGAAAUGAUGAAGAUGGGACACAGACAACAUAUAAAGACAUCAAGGUAUGA